ACUACAUUCCCCAUGGUGCCAUGCGCGCUGCCUGCGAAUCCCUGGAAAAAGGCCACUGCGCCUGCGUAUCCAGACGUGGCAACGGCAUCAUGGCCUCUUGGAAUCGCUCCGGGAGUCAGAUGAGAGAGGCGAAAAUGUUCACGCUUCUUUUACUGGUGUGGCUGCUACCAUUGUUGGAUGCAGUGAAGGUGUCUCCUCUCAUCGAGAAGGUUACUGACCACAAAGACUUCAAGAAGCUUCUCAGGACAAGAACCAAUGUUUUAGUGCUCUAUACAAAAACAGCUACAUCAGGGGACUCCCACCUGAAACUGCUGUCUGAUGUGGCACAGACAGUGAAGGGCCAAGGGACCAUCGCCUGGGUCAACUGUGGAGACUCUGAAGGCCGUAAGCUCUGUAAGAAAGUGAAGGUGGACCCCAGCUCCAAACGUGGAGGAGCAGAGCUGCUACAUUACAAAGAUGGGACGUUUCACACUGAGUACACCCGACCAGAGACGUUCAAGUCCAUGGUAGCGUUUUUAAAAGACCCGUCUGGGCCUCCACUUUGGGAGGAGAACCCAGAGGCCAAAGACAUUGUUCAUGUUGAAACAGAAAAGGAUUUCAGAAAGCUGCUGAAGAAAGAGGAAAGACCAAUCCUCAUGAUGUUCUACGCUCCCUGGUGUGGCGUAUGUAAGAGAAUGCAGCCCAUAUUUCAGCAGGCAGCCACGGAGACAAAGGGAAAAUAUGUUCUGGCAGGGAUGAAUGUGCAUCCAGCCGAGUUUGACGGCCUCAAGCAGGAGUACAACGUCAAAGGCUACCCGACCUUCUGCUACUUCGAGAAAGGGAAGUUCCUUCACCACUAUGAAAACUACGGAGCCACAGCCAAGGAUAUUGCUGAGUGGAUGAAAAACCCUCAGCCUCCACAGCCAAAGACGCCUGAGGUGCCAUGGUCAGAGUCCAACUCCGCGGUCUACCACCUGACUGAUGAGACCUUUGAUUCCUUCUUGGAGGAGCACCCUGCAGCUCUAGUCAUGUUUUAUGCCCCAUGGUGCGGACACUGCAAAAAAAUGAAGCCAGAGUUUGACGAAGCAGCUGAAAUACUCAACAAGGGCGCCAACAGUCCUGGUGUGUUGGCAGCAUUGGAUGCCACAGUGCACAAGGCUGUGGGGGAUCGCUUUAAGCUCUCUGGCUUCCCAACUGUUAAGUAUUUUGAGAAAGGUGAGGAGAAGUACACGCUGCCUCAACUCCGGAACAAAGACAAGAUCAUGGAGUUCAUGCACAAUCCCCAAGCACCCCCUCCUCCAGAGCAGUCCUGGGAGGAGAAGCCCUCCAGUGUGAGCCAUCUUGGAUCUGAGGAUUUCCGAGAAGCAUUAAAAAAGAAGAAACACGCUCUGGUCAUGUUCUAUGCUCCAUGGUGUCCACACUGUAAAAACGCUGUCCCUCACUUUACAGCAGCGGCCGAGCUCUUCAAAGAGGAUCGCAAGGAAAUGGCAAUGUAACCAUAAAACGCUGUAUUUCGAGGACGUUGCAAACCGAGGACCUCGGAUACAAAUAGUCUAAAGGUUUAGAUUUUUGUGGAACUGUUUAUCUACCAUGUGGGCUGUAGACCUGAGCCCCAUCUGGAACUCCCUACCACCAGAAGUUUUUAUUAGCAAGUUAUUAGCACCAGUUUAUUUCUAGUGGUACUGUAGUAGUGUCGCUACUUCCACUACUAUUAUUAUUAUCAGUCUUAUAAUCACCACUGUAAUUACAGAUUUAAGUUUAGUCUGUUAAUUGAAUUUUUACACAGUGAAAAUGUUCUCUGUUUACACCCCAGAUUACCCCAGAUUUUACUUAUUGGUAAAGAUUAAUCAUUUGAUACACAAACUAUUUCUACCAACUCCUAAAAAAUGUGUCUCUCCCAAUACCAGGAGUGUGAUCAAUAUUAAAUCACAGCAGCACCAGGCCAAUAUAUUUAUAUAUAUUAUACAAAUAUGUAUCUGCGUGUGUGUGAGAAAAACUCACAGUAUAUAUGUAUACUAUAUAUACAUAUAUGUUUGUGUUGACGUGUAUUUAUCAAUCUACAUUUAUGCAUAUGUACAUGGUAUACAUAUAGAGCAAAUACAUGUGUAUUUGCCAUUAUCUAUUCCAGUCCUUUAUGCAGUGCAUAAAUGUAUUUAUAUAUAUAUAUAUGUGCAGUACAUAUCCAUAUAGUUAUACAUACAUAUACUUCCUUUUGUUUGUUUUUUUGUUCAACACACUCACAACGUCUUCCAGACUGUCUCCCUUCCCCAGUUUUCUCAUAAAAAUGUAAUAAUUAUCCUCACAUUGAACGAAGCAGUGACCUCGACCACUUUGUCAUACAUUUCUGAGGCAAUGUUUUAACAUUUUACGAUAGCACCCAGCCCUAACAGACAAGCCGGAAAUGUCUCAGUUUUAAACACUGGCCAUCUGACUCUCUUCUCCGGCUCGACCUUCCAAACCCCCACAUUCCUGUGUUGAUCUGUUUAUUCUUCAAAUGAAGACAGAAAUGGGAAGAAAUAGUGAAAUAUUUCCACAAAAUUACCUAAAAUGGCUGCUGUAACAAGUUGACAACAAGUCUAGAUGAUGUCAGUCUGAGAAGAACUACGGAAACUAGAACAUAUAAAUGGGACACAGGGAUGUUUAUCCCUGUCAGGUUCUUUGUUGGAGCUGCGGUGUUGACAACCGUAUCUACGUGGUAAAACCUUCACAGGCUGCUGGAAGAGAUUCCCCUACCCCCCCCCCCCAUCUCUGGAGGUUAUACACUGUGUGUGCAGAACUUUUAAAUCCCCUAAUUUCAGCAUCUCUCUAGUGGCCAGUGGAGGCGUGAAGUGGUGUUUGACAAGAGUAAGUCUUAGGGCACGGUGUGUGUUUACUUGGCGAUCCUCCCUGUUUAUAAAACCGCCCGAGGCCCAGUGUAUUAGCUGCCUUUACCUCAUUUACCAAAGACAAACCUCAGCUCAGCCUCAUCUUUGAAGACACAAGCAACUGCCCGUACACUUUCCGUGUUGUAUGACAGCACGGGAGCCGUGCACAGGGUUUGUUCUGAGCGGUUGGUCUUUUUUUCCCCCUGCAGGUUCUAAUCAAUAGCAGCAGUCAGAGUGCACUGGCUGAAACAGCUUGUUAUUUAAAGCAACUACUGCCCAACACUUUCAGCCAUUUAGCUCACAGCUUGAGUUUCUACCUGCUCUCUAUUAUUAUAUGUGAGUAUUUAACCAAAUGUUUGGAGGGCCAAUGGGAUGGUGAUGUUUCUGGAUGUAGAAACAGACCUGGUCUUAAUACCAAUGUUUCCCAACACAUUUUUUGGGCCUGCAACCGUUUCACAUAAGAGAAAUCCUGUGACAAACCGCUAAACAAAAAUCUUUGAAUUGCAAUGACCUAGUUUCAAUUUCCUCCAAAUUUACUUACUCAGCAUUAAAUGCUGGCCUUAGUUGAACAUAACCCUAAAAUACUGUAUUUACAGGAUCUUUUUAACCACCGGUCACCAUUGACCUGCAAAGAACUUGUAUUUUAACCAUAUAUUAUCCAAUAUAUAAAUACAUUAUUAUUUUUCUCUUUUUUAAAAUUAUUAUAUGAUUUAUUUUAUUGUUGGAAAGCUGAGUAAGAACAGAACAGAUUUGGUGUUUUAUCACUUUUAUAACCACUGCUCAUCAGUGUGACACUGGAGGAUUGAGACGGAAUCGACCCGUAAUAUGCUGCCGCUGGGAAUCUGGUUGCCGUCGGAUCAAUGAUAUGAUGUGUGGUUCUGUGUCUCGCAGAGAUGAAUCAGGAAUGGAAGCGUCAGUGGACUUUGAAGAACACAGUCUGGACGACUUCAUUUUGUUCUGUCAAUUCACUGCAACUCUGAUUGAUUACCCGGGGCUUGAGCAGUGGGAUUGUGUCCGUAGUUAAAUGAUGUCCCUCGUUGGCUCCACCACUGCUGCUUCAAGUACUGAUGUCGUCUCUCAAACUGUCAUCACUCACAGGGUCAUCAAUUUGAAGGUUGUGUUUGUUCUAAACAGGAACUUUUUUUUCGGGGGGAACUGUUCAUCCCUAUAAAUAAUAAGCUGCUUCGUCAGCUGAAUUUUUGUUGACUGUUGUGUUUUAGAAAAAAAAAUAGAUAAAACAGCUUGGUUCUGCUGAUUCAACACACCUUGCACCAAGUCUGUUAAAUGGGAGUGGGAGAGCACUUAGACCUCUGGUUAAAGGACUUCAUUUACUGAUUGUAGACAAAGACUCCGUCUUUAUUGGCUCUGCAUUACUUACUCCAGUAGUAAAGACCCUUCUGCUGUCUACUUCUUCCAUUUAGAUAUGUUGAACAAUUCCUCUUCCUCAUUUAAUUGCAUAUUGGCUCUUGUGCAGAUUCUCUCAUCUGAUUAUUUGCAUAAACAACAAGAGGACCACUUGUUGUUUGUAAUUAGGACAUAAUUAUUUUUUUUAAACGUGCGGUUGGUGGAAGAAAAGCGACUAAUGUAUUUUCCAUCCUCAGCAGAUCUGUCAUUUCCUUCUUGGGUUUAAACGUGCAGACGGACUGGUAAACGAUUAUUUGAUGUUGGCCAGUUGAAUGUGCCGACAGAGGGUGACAUUUGAGCUGUCCAAGAAGGACACGCUGAGUGAGCCGUGUGUCAGCGAGCCAGCAUUUACACCUUGUCUGUAAUCGAUGCAACCGCUUUCCAACAUAAAUAUUCCUUAUUGUGUUUUCCUUUAUUGUCAAGCACAUGUAAUACAUACAUGACAUUGGCAUAGAGCUUACAUGAACACCAUUGCAGUCGUACUUACUCCAAUGACAACUCCAACUCCAGUGACAUUUAAUAAGUGUUUAGAAAAUGUGUUUUAAUUAGAGCAUGGAGAGAAAACUAAAAAAAAGUUGCAGUUGAAAAGGCAACAAAGAAGGCAGUCAUAGUUGCUCUCUAAUAGAGUAAUUACAGGCAUUUUAGAAAUGAGCAGUGAAAAAUCCUGGCAUCUAAAAGGCAAUAAAGACGAACAAAAGCAUUAACGGCGAUAUAAUGAAUAUACUGUUAAAAGUUGCUAGACUAUGCAAGUCAUCUAUUGAUUAGCUGCUAAAAUGUGAGAACAGAUAACAAAUAAAGGCUGUUCCACUUUGCUGGCUUUCAAAACAAAGUGAUACCAGUUUUAUUUACCUAAUGGUCUGGAUGCCUUUGAAUGUACAGCACUCGUAGUAAGAAUUACAUGAUGAAAGCAGGAGGGAGAGACACACUGUGGAUGAGUGAAAUAUUUCAUGUGUGUGUUUUUUGUUAGCCUAACAAUGACAUCCUGGGAUACCAGAACUGCACUGUUUGAUCCAUCACUGCUCAAAAAGAUGGAUUUUAAAUCCAUAAAAUUGAAGCAGCGUCAGUGCAGUAACAGGCAGGUUAUACACAGAGAAAUUUGAAAGACGCUGUAGGGCAUUAAUACCUUUUUGAGAGUUUUUCUCUAAAAGUAUUGAUUUGAUGUUGAAGUGUUCAGAUGUGUUUUUUCCCAAAAUAAGAGUUAGGUUUUUAGGAAGUUGUAGAAAAAACCCACCUAGACAUUACAUUAAAUAUAAAUAAAUACAUUAACUUUUAGGUUUAUUUACAUAUUCUGGGCAUGCUAUUCAAUGCACUGGUUUUCAUAUGUUGUAACAAAUAUGGUUAUUACUUUACUUUGCUUCAGUCUUUGUUUUUAUGAAAUGGAUUUCUGGAAACCAACUAUUGCAGUUAUGUAAGUGGUUUUAUUUCCACCCUUCUUUGCCGAAUAUGAGACGUGAGCUGCUCAGUGGUCCUUAGUGGCUUCUCUGAUUCUCCUCUUCAUGACAUAUCAGACAUUUUCAAUUAGAAAAUGUGAAAUGCUUCAUGAAAAUAUGGUUUGUGAAAAAAUAAAACCACUAAAAUAUCUAGACAGUAUUUUUUUUAAAUGGCAGCCAUUUUUCUGAAGAUUGACUCACAGACUGUUGGUCUUAUCCCAAAAUAUUUGGGAGGGUGACAAACGAAUGGGCAAGAACCGAUGCUAGGAGAGAAAAAAUAACUACCUUGCCCUUCUUUGGUCCCUGUUUAUGUAAAUCUCUCCUUAUAAAUGUCACGAACAGAGUUGUUCACCACAUUCUGUCUGAGCUCUUACCUGUGUGGCAUUUCUCCACACUGAUGCCAAGGAGUGAGGCAGUGUCUUCAUUGACAUUCGCAAGUCAAAAAUAGCUACUGUCUGCGACGUCAGUAGAAGGAGCUGAAGGCAGAGAGCGCCAUGAGUGUAAAGGUCAGGCUAAAUAAUGGGCAGGAGGAAGUGAUUUGAGUUUGGUCGACAGAGAUCAAGGUCGGUCCGACCCCAAGUCCAUCUUGUUCCGCCAACCACAGCAUAUCAGUAAACACUGGAGGUGAUUUCAUUACAUGUGGCACAAGCUUCACAUGAAUUCAGGAAGAGUAAUUAGAAUUUGGUGGUUGGAGGACGAGGGUAAAGGUCACCGUGACAUGGCCGAAACACAAAUUUGCAGAAUUUUCGAGCUAAUACCAAAACAAUUUCACACAAAUAUCCAAACUGAUAAAAAUGGUAUUUCUGUUGAGUGAAGCCAAAGGUCAAUAACCUCAUGGGGAAAGAAAAACAUAUAUUUGGCCUCCAUUCUGUUUGAAAUAUUGUAACAGUAUAUUUACGACUUCUUGAGAGGGCAAUAAUUGCAGUCAUUGCAGUGCAGAAAGCAUCGGAUUUCUGUGAUUGUUUUUUGUAACUGCCUAUUUUAUCUGCAACAAUAUCGAGUUUCCUGUAACACUUGUAAUAUCCUGUGUGUACUUUUCGUAGUAUUGAUCUACAGUUAUAAUAAGUUUUAUAUGCCGUCAUUAUGUAGCAAGUGCUUGACAUGAACAGAAACAGUAUUUUAUUAAGGGCCGGACAAUAAAAAUUGUCUGGGUGUGAAUUAAAAUCAUUUUCUGUGCAACAAUAAAAUGGUGACGGUGUCAGAAUGGAAGCAUAAAUACAUAUGGUUUCCUGGCAGCUGCAGGAGACACAGGAUGAAGCAGCUAGCAUCAGUUAGCAUCAGAGAUUGUAAUUAUUGAGAGUUUACGCCAAAAGAAAACAACCAGUUUAGAGCAGAAGCUACACAAGAUUCCUAAGGUUUAUUCUCAGAGUUUUACUAAUGCAAACACGAUUUUGUUGU